AAUCGUCUGCUUCAAGCAAUUGAUCGCGGGACGGCGACAGUGCAGCAUUAUCUUGAAUGGAGUAUGGUAUUUUCUGACAAUUCGCAUCAACACCGAGCCUUUUAAUCGAGUGAACAUUCCCGAAGAGCAGAUUAAUUUCGAGUUUCGUCUUGUAUUGAGGAAUUACCAACAUGGGUCAUCUUUCGAGAAACUUGAAAAGAUUACUUCACCAAUGUCUGCUGACAUUAUCUGCAGCGGCGUCGAUAUAUGCAGAGACCCAGACAACAACCCAAGCCACGGAGGAGCACAACCUGGGACAGGAAAUGGUUAAAGGAUUGGCCUUGGGAUUCGGGUUAUUUUUCGGCAUCAUAAUAGUUUUGUGCGUCGUCUGUUGUUUGUGCUGCAACAACAACUGUCACUGCUGUUGUUGUAAAGAGAAACAAAAGCCACGGAAAAUGCCGAGAUGGCGCGUUGGCCCGUCACCUUCACCUUCGCCUCCAAGAUCAGGAACGAUAACUCGUUCAACAAUUGUGUCAAAUCGUUCGUGAAGUUUGGACUUGCAAAUUAUGAACAGAUGGAAAGGAGCCUAAAGCUAAACGUUAUAGCAUUGCAUCUGAUGCUCAUUCGCAGAAGAAGGACACUUGAUGCAAGAAAUAUAUGCAAAUUUUUCAUUAAAAAGCUGGACUUUUUUAUGAAGAAGCGUUUCCAUAGCAGUAUGAGACGCUCCGGUAGUGGGUUUUGUUGGGGUCCUUUUGGAACCAUUCGAAAGUGCCAAACUACGAGUGAUGGAUUUCACGUACGAGCGAAUGACCGGACUGUACAUAGAAUAAAACGUGAUGCAAUAGUUUGCAAAUUAAAAUUGAACAGUAUCGCCUGACGCCGCCAUUGUAUCGUCCAAGUACGCCUUAAUAGGUUGUUUGGGGUCUACACAGAAGUUCAUUGCUGCCAGAUAGGUGUCAUACUCCAGUUUUCGAUCUUUAAGGUUUUCGUGGGUACGAAAGUAUGAAGCGUUCCAGUUCUACUUGCGUAUCUCCCGGUAUGGAUCUGGGGCCUUCAACAGAGUGAACAGGCAGGCAUCCUAAAGGAAGGUUGACUCAAAUUACGGGGAUUGAUACAUGUUUGUCAAGAAACACUAUCAUCUGAACUUGGCUCAUAGAUCAAAAGCCAUAUCGCCACUCUGUGAAACGGACGAGCAACACAGGCGUAAUCUUGUGAUUUUGUUAGAUCUUUAUGUCAGGUAUCUCCAGCCUAUUUCCGUGUAAGAGAUAUUAAUGUGUUUAUUGCUGACGUCGCAUAUGACUCUGACGUUAGGAUGAUUUUUUGUCAAUGACACAAUUUCGCAUUUGUCCUUGACACUCAAAGGAUGAUGACCAGUUUGCAGAAAUGUGACUAAUCGAACAAUGACUGAAUUCUCCAACAGAUUGACGUCACAAGUGCCAAUCGAAGAAUGAAUUCUGCGACAAAGAUAUAUCGUUGAAAAAUCUUUGAAACCCGUGUGUCAGAUAUAUGUCAUAAUUAAGACUGGAACAAAAAGCUCGACACCAUUUGCCAUUUCUUGGCAGCCAUCAAAGGUCGGUGUUCUUCUAAAUUUCGUGGCACGUGCCUACUUUUCAUUGGCGACCAUUUUUGCCAUUCCGAACAAGUCGAUGUACUGAGUAUGAAAAGAGACGGUAAUGACGAAAGUAUAAUAAUUCAUAUUACGAUUCGAGAUAGAACUAAUUUUGAGUAAUUUUGUCAUUGGAAGAUCUACAGUCUGAAUUAUCUGGCUGUCCUAAGCAGUACAAACGGAAACAUAUAAUAUGACGUACACAUACUUUCAUUUAGAAAUAGUAACCAUUAGUACAACUAUUCAUUUUGGUUUUUCUAUAAACCUAUUUUGGUAAUAAGCGUAUGAAAUAUUUUAUGAGGUAUUUAAAGGAAAAAUGCACGGGGAAGCUACAGUCAAGAUCCCAACCAUUAACCUACAAUGAGGCAGUUUAGUAUUGUUGCUUGUACAUGGACAGUGAAACCCUCUUUAUCCAGACGGUACCAUUCCCUUUGCAGUGGUACGAAUUUACACAUAUCCGGAUAACUGAAUGCUGGUAAGAUGGUUCUCACCAUCAAUUUGAGUUGGUUCAUUGUUACCAAACAUUAAGUCCAGUAACGAUUUUAUAACGUUUGUAAUUAAUUGAUCAAAUCCAUUUUUCAAGAGUACACUUUAUUGUGCCGGGCAGUUUAUGCUUGUAAAUACAUCAACUUUCCUAAAAAUAUAAUCCGAGGCCUUCGAGGUUUCACUGUAAGUCAUGAAGACAGUGAUGAGAAUAUGAAAACGUAUGAGUCUCAAGUUUACGUCAUAUCGCGUAUGGCUCGAUUAUACGCCAUAUGGCAUAGGUCUAUUGACAUAUUGCAUGAAUCUCUAUUAUACGUCAUAUCGCAUAAGUCUCGAA